UCAGAAUCGAUAACUAUAGCCGUGUAGUAGCCGUAGUCAUUUACAAUUUUCGUGACAAAUAUAACAAAUGUGUUUGCCGAGUGUGUGAGUGCGUGCAAAAAAAAAAAAAGGAAAGAAAAAAGUUGUGCUAAUUAUUUAUUGCUAAGCAUUGUGACAACGAGCAUUAAAGAGGCACGUGCCCAGAACAAUUGCAAACAUGAGUGGCGGUGGCAUGGAUAAAAGAAAACUGUCCACAUCGGGCGAUUCGCUCUAUGAAAUCUUGGGACUACCUAAAACAGCAACAGCUGAUGAUAUCAAGAAGACUUAUAGAAAACUUGCACUUAAAUACCAUCCAGAUAAAAAUCCAGACAAUGUUGACGCUGCCGAUAAGUUCAAGGAGGUCAAUCGGGCACACUCGAUAUUGAGCGACCAAACGAAACGCAAUAUUUACGAUAAUUAUGGCUCGCUGGGUCUCUACAUUGCCGAGCAGUUCGGUGAGGAGAAUGUGAAUGCAUAUUUUGUGGUUACAUCGCCGGCGGUAAAGGCCUUGGUCAUUUGCUGCUCAAUACUGACGGGCUGUUGCUGUUGCUGCUGCUGUUGCUGCUGUUGCAACUUCUGCUGUGGCAAGUUCAAGCCGCCGGUGAACGAGUCGCACGAUCAGUAUGCACAUUUGAAUCGCUCCAAUGGCAAUCGAGAGGCGAGCGAUCUGCCACCGCAUCUGGGACAGCAUCCACGUCUUGAGGACGCUGAUCUUGACGAUAUCAAUCUGGGUGCUGGAGGCUCAACAGUCACUACGCAGCCGCGCGAACAGCAGUCUGGUCAGCCUGGUGGUGGUGCUGGCGUUGCUGGUGGCCAGCCCGUCUAUGCAAUGCCGCCGCCAACUUAUAAUGCUGCUGUUGGAGUGAAUCCAUUCACGGGCGCUCCAGUCGCUGCCAAUGAGAACACGUCGCUGAACACAACAGAACAGACCACAUACACACCAGAUAUGGUUAAACAAAAAUAUUAGGUUCAUGCUUGAAGCGAGACAAACCAACUCAUGAGAGCGUUUUGAACUGCUACACACAUUUUUUUAUUCCUUUUUAUUAUUAAAAAAUUUGGUAUGUUCAAAAUCCGAAAAUAUAUACAUACAAACUUAUAUUUAUUGUAAGCUAUUGAAGAUAUAUGUAAUUCUAAUUCAUAAUAUGAUUGUAAAGCAAAUGCUGACAUGUUUUAAUCGAUCAAUCCGAUAGAAAUUGUUCAUCAACCAACAAACAACCAAACAAACAAACAAAUAAUACACACAUUCAUCUAAUUUUCAUCAUGCCGAAGAAUGCAAAUCGAAUUGAGAAUAGAACGCAUUAAAAUAACCUUGAAAAUGUUAAAAUAUUAUUGCAUUAUUAUUUAGAUAUGCGUAAUCAAUUUUUGGUAGUUAUUCAAUCUGCAAAUAUAUAUAUACAUAUAUGAUACUUAGAUACUUACCUAAAGUGUUAUUUUCAUAUGCAUACAUAUACUUAUGUAUCUCUAUAUAGCUGCAAAAUGUAUCUAAUAAUUAUUAACUUCCAUUUUAGCCAGAAUAGUGCAAAAAUUUAAGCUAUUAAAAAUGAAUGCCUAUUAAAUUAAAUUAAAUUCAAUUCAAUUGUAACCAGCCACAAAGCAAAGGUCGAUUUCUUUUCCUUGUCCUAAUCGCAAAGCAAUCUGUAAGCUUAACUUGUAUGCUUUUGUGUAUGUGUCUGCCACAUAUGCCACAUUAAAUUUAAUUUGCAUUUGUGUGUGUGUUGUGUGCCCCUAGCUAAGGUAAAUGUUUGUUAAACUGAUCUUUCGUAUGGCGAUCGAAACCUGUGAAAAUUUGCCUAACCAUUUUUCCAAAUUAAGUUUACACUAAAUUGUUAAAAAAAAACAA